AGGAAAGGAUCAGUUGCCUGAAAUGAUCUGGUGUUCCAGAAAGUAAGAAACUAAAAAAUGAGGAGCAGGAAGGUGGAAACAAGUGCUUUAUUGGUUUACAUUUUAAAGCAAAGUUGCGCAAUUUAUUUUUUUUCUAACGGAUGAUGUGUAGAGGUGAUUUGAAUCCUCUUUCUUAAUGAUUUGGAAGUACAGCCUUCACUGCGUGUAUGUUUGCAAAUCUGUGUUUACUGGGUUUCCUUCUCUCGGCUUUGCCUUAGUGCUGCAGUGGAUCCAUUAAGUGGCUUUAGAAGCUUUUCCUUUUUAAUUAAGGAUACAUUAAUUAAAUAUUUUUAACUUUCCAGGUGCAUGAAAUGUUUUAAAGUAGGGAAAAAUAGUGUCGUUUUAUCUUCCUAGAUUUCUUUACCUGGUUUACCUAGAAAGUUGUUCCACACCCAUGUAGUUUAAUCCUUCUGAGUGAGAGAGUCCACAGUCUCCUGGAUGCUCCUGGUCAAAUAUUUUCAAGUAAUUAAAGCCUACUGCCUGCUCUCGUACGAGAAAUCAAGAGCAUCCAUCAGGAGAAGUUAAGAGCAGCGAAGUGGUUCCAGCUAAAGGGUCAGUUGGUGGAGGCAUCAAACCCAGAGGGUCUGCGAGGACUUUGCUGGGUGGUCCCAGAGUGCUCUGCAGCGUUUGUUGAGAAUGCAAAUUCCAUGCUGGUUUGCAGUUACUGAACGUGCCUGGGAAAGGAACAAAUGGUGUGAUGGCACUGAUGGGUAGAAGCCCUUUUUCGGUAGGAUAAGUAUUAGUAUUAAAAUAUAACUUUUUAAAGUCUUGUUUAGGACAAAAGGAGAAGGGGAAGAAGUUGAAGGAUUCUCAGUACUGGAAAAGAGGACAAGCUCUGGGAAAUCUUGCAUCUUAUGAGAAGGUAACUCAAUACACUAUAAAGCGAUACCAGCCCAGACUGACACGUGGGCUGCCCGGACAAGGGCCUUAUAUAGGAGACAACUUACCUGAAUCCCCAUGCACUUGACAUGAGUGCCCACCUUCAAAUCCCAUAUAUUCUCUCACCCCCAACAUGGAGCAUAAUUUCAGAGACGUCCUGAUGCCUCCAACCAUGACUACUGUUUCUUCUUAGGCUUCCCUUCUAGCCUGGAUCUGCAGAGGUACUGAUCUUGACCACCAGCGGUCAAAGAGCAGGUUCAUGAGCAUCCUGCCCCUGACAGGACAGCUUUUGCGAGGAUGGGGGUGUUUUUGAGGGCAGGUGCUCCAGUGUGGCUGCUUUAAGUCAAGUGUUGUGCCCCCCGUGGGACCACAGUCCUUCCUUGUGGUGGUUGUGCUGGUGACCUGUCUGAUGUAGCAGACGUGAGGUGCGGAAGCUGGUGCGGAGAUUUUCUUCUGGGAAACAUUUCCAGGACUUCUUUCUAUAGAGCCACUUUGUCGUUAUUUCUCACUAGACUGACCGUGGCUCUCAGGUGCUCUGGGAUACCUCUUGCACUGCCAUAUGAUGACCUCUGUGUUCUCAAUAAACACUUUUCUGGUCACUGUCGUAAUAAUCCACCUUCUCUGAAUGCACUUGGGUUGAAUUCCCACAGGCAGGAAGGAGUUCAGAGGGGUUUACCAAGCACCGGACUACUUCAGCUGAAGCCUUUGCAGUCUGGAAAGUCCCUUUUCUGUGCCGAAAAUCUUGCUGCUUCUGCAGUCCUGAGCCGGGGUGGGUGGAUGUGGUCAUUCCACCUGGAGGAGAUGGGGAGCUGUGGGUCUCCAUGACCUCAGUCUUUUAAGAUGCUCCCCCAAACAUGUUUUGAGCUGCUGUCAAACUUUCUUUUCCUCCUCCAUGCCCAGCAGCAGCUGAGUUGUGCUUUCUGGAGUUACAGAACCACAGUGAGGUCUUCUCCUUGGUCCUUGGCAUUUCGUGGGGUGAGGAUGGCAGGACAAACCACCUCUGUAUGAACUACUUAAAACUCAAUUUCUUAAGUUUUUGUGAUGAUCCAGCAAAUACAUCACCCCUGGGAAGAGCUCUUGCUCUCCUGCCAAUACACAACUGAUUCGUGGCUCAUCUCUGUCCCAGGACCUUUCCCUUGAUAGCAGAGUGAUUGCUCAUGGUUUUGUCAAACAAUGCUCUUAAGUUACCUCCAAGGAAAGUCCUCAAUCUGGGGCAACCUCGCGGCCCGAAGAAGGGUGUUCCCAGCAGCAAAGGGGUCACCAGGGAUAUCCGUCAGCCCACAUGGCAGGUUGUUCCUCCACUAACGGCAGAGGCAAGCGCGUUCCUUCGGUAUCACAGCAAGCAGAUAACAUAUCAGUCAAUCUUGCUUCUCUUCACCAGCCAGUCCAAAAAUCGCUGAGGCAAAAGGCAAUACGGAACGUAACCUUGAAGCGAUGACUCAGACUGCAAGAGCUCAGCACGGGCUGGAAUAUUAACCCUUGGAUUCAAGAGCACAAGAGAAAUAGCGAUGAAAGAGGAAAACUGAACUUCCCGAGAUGUUUGCUUGUUGGAAGCUGUGGGAGCGAAAACGUCAGAGGUGGCCCCGGCUUUAAAUCCCCACUGAAAUGCAUGAGUAUGGGGGAAGCAAAGGGGUGUUGUUCAUGAGAACUUUCCUCCACCACGUCAACGAGGACAGGCAGCUGCUCUCUGAGGGUCCCAUCAUGUUUGGGAAGAGCAAACUAUCAAACCUCUUUGGGUAGAGCAUGCUUUAGCAGCUGGCGAGGUUAGGCACAUUGCAACCUGCCUGGGACUCGAAAGGAAAACAGAUGGAAAAAGCUGGUUUUCAUUAAAUAACAUUUUUAAUAAAUAAGCAUCUAUCAAUAAAAUGCAUUUUACACUUAAAAUAUGAUCAUAUAUUCAAGUUGUUCUUCUAGCAGAGUUUGGAAACCCUGGCCAGCUGGAAGCAGCAGCCAUCCCAUGGGCUGGUCAAGCUGUGAUGAAGUAAAGAGGAAGGAAAAAGUCCUGGUCCCAGAUUCCUUAUGCACCGGAGCUGAUCAAUGCUACCCUGAAAAAUGCUAUUCUAGAGAGGUAGAUGCUGUUUGUGACCUCACGUAAAUGCACUGGGAAUAAAAAAACAAACCCUAUCACCUCCUUGCAUGGUGCAAAUUAUUGAUUGGUUUCUUCUUAUCUUGCUCAGUGCUUGACUCAGAGGGCUAUAACAGCAAUAAUUUUCAAGCUGAACUUCUCAGCUUGAAAGACGUCUCAAGCUGGGAGACGCGAGGGAUCUCAGUGCACCACCAUGUGUGGAAAGAAGUCCAAGUGCUCCUUCUCCCGCCUGGAGGUGACCCUCAUCGUUUUCCUGGUGUUGAUGAUAGCAGUGACCGUAGUGCUCCUCAUCCUCCACUUUGUCGUCAAAGAGAGAUAUGAUACCGGUGCAGUGAGAGCAAACUACUUACUGGGUGUUGGUCGAGCUGACUGCACGGGACCUGUGGCAGAAAUCCCUCUGAUGGGAUAUGCUAACCCGGACCAGGUAGGCGGCGGGCUUCUCACGCGCCUCUACAGCCGAGCCUUCAUCAUGGCAGACCCUGACGACUCCAAACGCGUAGUGUUUGUCAGUGCCGACAUAGGAAUGGUGUCUCAAAAACUGAGGAUAGAGGUGCUCAACAAACUGAAGAGCAAAUAUGGUGAGCUGUACCGACAGGACAACGUCAUUCUCAGUGGCACCCACACGCACUCAGGACCUGGUGGCUACUUCCAGUACACCCUUUUCUGGAUCACUAGCAAAGGGCUAAUCCAACCAUCCCUCCAUGCUAUAGUGAAUGGCAUCGUAAAGAGCAUUGAUAUAGCGCAUCAGAAUAUGAAGAAAGGGAGGCUUUUUAUAAACAGAGGCAUUGUAGAAAACAGCCAGAUCAACCGAAGCCCUUUUUCCUACCUUGAGAAUCCAGAGUCCGAACGAAGCAGGUAUUCAUCCAACACAGAUAAAGAAAUGGUGAUGCUAAAGAUGGUGGACGAGAAUGGACAAGAGAUGGGACUUAUCAGCUGGUUUGCUGUGCACCCCGUCAGCAUGAACAACACAAACCGUCUGGUGAACAGCGACAACGUGGGCUACGCAUCUUACUUGUUUGAACAGGAGAAGAACAAGGGGAUGCUUCCUGGAGAGGGCUCCUUUGUUGCUGCCUUUGCAUCCUCUAACUUGGGAGAUGUGUCGCCCAACACCAAAGGCCCCUUCUGCAAGAACACGGGGGACUCGUGUGAUAACCCGCAGAGCACCUGUCCCCUGGGGGGGGCAACGAUGUGCAUGGCCAUGGGUCCCGGUAAUGACAUGUUUGACAGUACAAGAAUUAUAGGGCAAAAUAUCUACUUGAAAGCAAAGGAGCUGUACGAAAACGCGUCCCAGGAGGUCACAGGACCCCUCAGCUCGGCACAUCAGUGGGUGAACAUGAGUGACGUCUCGGUGGAGCUCAAUGCCACGCACACGGUUAAAACAUGUAAACCAGCCUUAGGACACAGUUUUGCUGCUGGAACUAUCGAUGGAGUGGGCGCUUUCAACUUCACACAAGGUUCAGUGGAAGGGGACCCAUUUUGGGAUGGAAUCCGGGACCAGCUGCUGGGAGAGCCAUCCAAUGAAACAAAAGCCUGCCACAAACCCAAGCCAAUCCUUUUUAGUACUGGAGAGAUGACCUGGCCUCACCCGUGGCACCCUGACAUUGUGGAUGUUCAGAUGGCCACCAUUGGAUCGCUGGCAAUUCUUGCUGUUCCUGGAGAGUUGACGACCAUGUCUGGACGCAGGCUACGGGAAGCUGUUCAACGAGAAUUUGAUUCUCAUGGUAAACCACAAAUGGAUGUCGUGAUUGCAGGUCUGUGCAACGUCUACACUCAUUACAUUACCACCUAUGAAGAGUACCAGGUUCAAAGAUAUGAGGCUGCAUCAACUAUUUAUGGACCGCACACCCUUUCUGCUUAUAUUCAACUGUACAGAGGACUUGCAAGAGCUAUUGCUAUGAAUACAGUUCAGGAUUUGCCACGUGGUCCAGAGCCCCCGUUUUUCAAUAUAAGUAACUUGACUUUGGUGCCUGCUAUCACUACUGAUCGUGCGCCAGCGAGUAAAACAUUUGGGGAUGUGCUACAAGAUGUGAGACAGCAGUAUCACGUGGGAGAAGUGGUUGGAGUAAAAUUUGUGGGCGCAAACCCCAGGAACUCUGCAGAGAAUGCGACCGAGCACAACUUCCUUACAGUGGAGAGAUACGCCAACAGUUCAGACAGCUGGCACGCGGUACAGAACGAUGCCUCUUGGGACACCAGGUUUUACUGGGCCAAAGGACUGCUUGGUCUGAGCACCGUAACUAUUGAGUGGCACAUCCCUCAGGGCACAGAGCCGGGCCUCUACAGGAUACAGUACUUUGGGCACUACAGGAAAAGACUGUCGAUCACCCAAGCUGUCUCUAUUCCAUUUGAAGGCAAAUCUUCAGCAUUUGAAAUCACAAAUCUGUAGGUGAUCUUGUUCAUUAAAGGAAUUGUUUCCUUGGAGCAGUAGAUCUGAUAUCUGCGAUGUUCAUAAUGACUGCCUGGGAAGUUUUGGUUUGUGGCAUCUAAACAUCAUUGCUGUCUCCCUAGUGGUGCUGGUUUGCCUUUGUUGGGCAAAGCUGGACUUCCUGCAAAGUUUUGACUUUUACACGCAAUUCAGUCUCACUCGUCUAAUGUGAUUCAUUUACUCAAGCUGUUCCUGUCCUGGCCAGAUCUCAUUGCCGUUGAUUCUUAUUGCAAUAAAAGAUUUAAGUGUUUUUCUUUUGUUUUAAACAAGGGCUUAUUGAUUGUGAACAGGCUCUCUCAAAGAGAAUUCAUGCAGUGUCUGGAGCUCAUCCAGACCAUAA